UAUUCAACACUAACUCUUUCAAAUAUAUAACCAAACCAAAAACUCACUUUUUUCCCACCGUCCCUUCUCCUAACACGGUCCAAAAAACAUCGUUAGCUUCCAAGAAUUAUCACAACACAAAAUCCUACCCUUUGAAUCAUCACCACCACCAAUCGACAUAUAAUGUCAUCUUCUCCGGCCAUGGUCGCCGCCUCCGGCAAUGACUUUUCUGGUAGUUUAGCCAUGCCAUGUUGCACCAAUAACCCCAACAAUAAGGAUUCCAUGGAGGAUUUAGUUGCCUUGAAAAUCAGCCUCUUGGGUGAUUAUCAUAUUGGAAAGACAAGUUUUUUGACAAAGUACGUAGGAAAGGAGAAAGGGGAAGAAGGUUUUUCAAUAACAGGGUUAAACCAUAUGGACAAAACUCUAUGCGUUAGUGGCGCUAGGAUUUCUUAUAACAUUUGGGAAGUAGAAGGUGACGUUUCUCAUAUUCCAGUUGCUUGUAAAGAUUCAGUAGCAAUGUUGUUUAUGUUUGAUCUCACAAGUCGAUGUACAUUAAAUAGUAUCAUUAGCUGGUAUCAACAAGCACGAAAAUGGAAUCAGACGGCAAUUCCAGUUCUAAUAGGAACAAAGUUUGAUGAUUUUGCCCAAUUACCAUUAGAUGUGCAAUGGACAAUUGCUUUACAGGCAAGAGCAUAUGCUAAGGCACUAAAUGCAACCUUAUUCUUCUCAAGUGCAGCCUACAACAUAAAUGUUAAUAAGAUCUUCAAGUUCAUCACAGCCAAGAUCUUCAACUUACCAUGGACAUUGGAACGUAACCUCACCAUUGGAGAACCCAUUAUAGACUACUAGAUUUUCUUCCAUUUUUUGCUAUUAUUAAACCCCUCUUUGUCCCCAAAGAGAAAACAAGAAAAAACAUUUUUCUUUAAAUGUAACUAUGAGAAAAUUCACAAAUCUCAUUGCAAAAGAAAUGGCUCACAUAGUCAACCGGUCACUGGAUCUAGUUAGUGUUACUACAGCCAGUGAAAAUUCGGGUUGUCUUGGUAUGUCAUUCUGUAAAAUGGAGAACAAUUUUUCUUGUUUUCUUUUUGACUGCACAAUGACUCUGUAAUUUUUUAAUAGAGUUCAUUGAUCAAUUAUUGGUUAUUUUGCUUCGUUCAUUCGAUAUGGUUCUCUCAAAUGCCUUUGUAUACUCUGUUACACUGUGUCGGUUUGAGGUACGAUAAAA